AUUCAUGCUCAACCAGAGAGCCCAAGAACCCUAACCAACUGCGUACUCCGCGUCCAUCUCGUCCAGAUUUAGGUUAGACGAUAUGCAGUUGAUUUAAUAUGACACGAUAUUGCCGUGACUGUUAAUUCGAGGUUUUCGUAAUAUUGUCAAGUGAAUUCCGAAACGAAGGAUGGGUGUCCCGGCAUUUUUUCGUUGGUUAAGCCGCAAGUAUCCCUCCGUGAUCGUCGAGUGCAUCGAGCAGAAGACAGCAACUCCAGAUGGAGUAUCCAUUCCUGUGAAUUCAGCGGAGCCGAAUCCAAACGGGGUAGAAUUUGAUAAUUUAUAUCUUGACAUGAACGGUAUAAUUCACCCCUGUACGCAUCCAGAGGACAAGCCGGCUCCCAAGGAUGAAGAUGAAAUGAUGGAGGCUAUUUUCGAGUGUAUCGACAGAUUGUUUCGUAUCGUCAGACCAAGGAAGUUGCUUUACAUGGCGAUUGACGGAGUCGCGCCCAGAGCUAAGAUGAAUCAACAAAGAUCUCGACGAUUUCGUGCAUCGAAAGAAACAACAGAAAAGAUUAAUGAAAUAGAGAGGAUACGUUCCGAAUUGUCUCUCAAAGGGGCAUCUUUACCGCCGGAAAAACCGAAAGAAGCGCAUUUCGAUAGUAACUGCAUUACGCCGGGCACACCAUUUAUGGCGAGAUUAUCGGCCUGCUUGCAUUACUACAUUCAUGAUCGCUUGAAUAAUGACCCAGGUUGGAGGAAUAUUAAAGUAAUAUUAAGUGAUGCUAAUGUUCCCGGUGAAGGAGAACAUAAAAUAAUGGAUUUUAUACGGCGACAAAGAGCACAACCCGAUCACGAUCCUAAUACGCAACAUGUUUUAUGCGGAGCGGAUGCCGAUUUGAUUAUGUUGGGUCUCGCUACACACGAACCUAAUUUUACUAUUAUUCGCGAGGAAUUUAAGCCAAAUAAGCCAAAGCCUUGCGAUAUAUGUGGUCAAUUGGGGCAUGAAAUGCGUGACUGCAUAGGCGCGGAACCGAGCCAAAAGCCGGAGGAAAACGUAUACGGAUCCGAAUGCCAGUUCAUAUUCGUGCGAUUAAAUGUUCUCAGAGAAUAUUUAGAAAGAGAGUUGUCUAUGCCAAAUCUACCAUUCAAGUAUGAUUUUGAGCGAGCUAUCGAUGAUUGGGUGUUUAUGUGUUUCUUCGUGGGAAACGAUUUUUUACCUCAUCUCCCUUCUCUGGAAAUUAGAGAAGGCGCAAUUGACAGACUUGUUGCUCUAUACAAAAAAGCAGUAUAUAAAACAGGAGGUUUCUUAACAGAUAGCGGCGAUGUUAAUUUAGAUCGCGUACAAUUGAUAAUGUCAGAUCUUGGUGAUGUAGAAGAUGAGAUCUUUAAAAGGAGGCAACAAAAUGAAUUGGCUUUUAAACAACGUGAAAAAGACAAAAAGAAAAGAAACGAAAUUAUCAGUAGUUUUAAACCGACAUGGAUUCCUGCAGGUCAAUUUGCACCCACUGCCCUUGGACAACCAGUAAAACCUAUAGAGAAUGCACGUUAUGAAGCUUAUAAAAUGCGUGUACAGGGUAGAAAUUAUAAUACGAAUGCUGCCGAAAAGACGAACACUAAUCACGCCUUAGAAAGCAUGCUAAAACCUGAGAAUACAGGCAAUAGAGGACAGAAACGUAAAAUUGAUGAAGUUACGCCGAGCAAUGAAUCGGAUGAUGACCAGGCGCACGAUGAGGUGCGACUUUGGGAGGAUGGUUUUAAAGAUCGAUAUUAUGAAUCUAAAUUCGACGUAUCUGCCGACAAUCUCGCAUUUAGAAAUAACGUCGCUUUACAAUACGUGCGAGGUUUAUGUUGGGUCUUGCGAUAUUAUUAUCAAGGUUGUGCGUCGUGGCGUUGGUAUUUCCCGUAUCAUUAUGCGCCAUUUGCAAGCGACUUUAUUAAUAUUGGUGGUCUUUCUACAGAGUUUGAGAAAGACACUGUACCAUUUCGUCCGUUAGAACAAUUGAUGGGUGUAUUUCCUGCUGCUAGCAGAAAACACGUGCCUGAGCCAUGGGCGAAAUUAAUGACGGAUCCAAAAUCUCCAAUCAUUGAUUUUUAUCCAGAAGAUUUUAAAAUCGACUUGAAUGGAAAGAAAUUUGCUUGGCAAGGCGUAGCUUUGCUGCCAUUUGUUGACGAGAAAAGAUUGUUCAAGGCUUUGGCACCGUUUUACGACAGUUUAACAGAGGCAGAAAAAAAGAGAAACAUUCGCGGUGACGACCGACUGUACGUCGGAAUGGAGAAUAAGGGUUACGACUUUAUAAAAGGUCUGUACACGAAUCGCAUAGGGUUCGACAAGGAGGUCGAGAUAAGUAUAAAUGGGAUGCGAGGCACCGUGGUCCUAUCGGAGGAUUGUGUGAGCGACGGAGGCACGUUACCUUCACCCGUGAGAGGUUUACCGGUCAGGAACAACAAAGUGUAUUGUAUCAAGUACAAGGAUCCCAAGUAUGGUGGCAAUUAUGUUUUCCUGGCUCGCAAGCUAAAGGGGGCCAAGGAGCCGCCGCGCGUCCUGAAGCCGCAAGAUUUUGAAGCUAUGAAUCGCAAAAACGGCAGCCAGUGGACGCCGCAAAUCGGUUUCACUCGUUCUACGCAGUCAGCUUCGUUGGGACAGGCAGGACACAGGAUGCUCGAUCAUCACAUGAACCACAACAGACCGGCUUCGUAUGCGAAUAUUCCCCCGCCAGUGAAUUUAUACCAGCAGUUUCAUGGUUAUCGGAGCGAGUACCAAUCGGGAUCGGGAUCGGGAUCGGGAUCCGGAUCGGGAUCCGGAUACGGCGGUUACAACAGCGCCGGUUCGAGUCAUAUGCGUGGACCAUGGGGAUCCGGUUAUACUGGCAUGCGCCAGUCGAAUUACCCGCCUUCGGAGUAUCAGCAUCAUCGUAAUCAUUACGAUAAUCACCGUCAGCAAUCCUUGCGGAACAACAAUUACCAGAACGCACAGCAUGGCUACCACAGUCAACGAGGGAAUUACUCGUCGACUCGAGGAGGAGGUGGAGGAGGCCACCGAGAUGCAUGGCGACGAUCGAUGUAGACGUUCAAGUAAGAGGUCGACUAAUUUUGUCGCACGUCACAUAAUAGUUAUAAGAAUGAAUUCUGCAAAGAAUCACCACGCAUAAUUAUGUCUAAUUAAGAUUUAAGGAUCAUUGUCAAAGUACGCGUUCUAAAAGAGAGUGCGUUAAUUCGUAAGCAGUACAGAGAGAGAGGCAGGUCGGAGUACUCGGUGCAAUAAAAGCGCGAUUAUCGGCGGCAGCGUUCUCGAGCACCGCGUUUUUUGAGUACUACAUUCCGAAUGCUGCAGGACACGGUAUUACGGAACUUUUCGGAAUGGAUUCCGAUUAGGAUUGUUUAUUUUCUGGAUUUCCUUUGUGUUUUCUAGAGAAAAGCGGAAUAAUUCCGAUCGGAAUCCAUUCCGAAAAGUUCAGUAAUACGUGUCCCGAUGUCUUUUCUAACGUGAUGACAUAAUUUUCAGAAAUAUUUUUAUUUCUAAUUUUGUGGAGGACGUGUAAAAAAAUAUCAGUGUUUAAAUAUGCAUGCAAUAUGCCUCGAAAGUCACGAGGUUUUUGAUUAUAAAUUUGAUGGCAAACCUCGAAGAAAAUUUUCUGCGAAGUUUUGUCCUGGCAACCAUCAUCGUUGAUUUUUUAGAUGUCACGACAACGGAAUGACAAUUUUAUUAAAGUACAAUUUACUCGAAUUCACUAGAAAAGGAAAUUUUAGUGUCCACGCAAUAUCUAUGUUUUUUCUAUCAAAUUUUCACUCUAAAACAUUCCAUUAUAUCGGAAAAUUCGUAACUGAGAGAAAACCCGCAAAACCUGGUAUAGCAUACAUAUAUAGGUAUCUGCUACACUUGUCGAAAACGAUCCAUGAUGUAAAAGAUAAUUCAUAUCACGAAUUAAAGCCACGUCACAUGAAAAAAAAACGUGAGCCAAAUUUACGCAACAAACGAUCAGUCUAGUGCUGUCAAGAAUGACGGAUUAAAUUGUAUAAAAAUACAUUCGAUCACGAUAUUUUUAUUAAUUAAGUUAUACUUUGUUUUCUUAUUUACUAUGAUCUUUUUAAAUAAACCUUUAAAAUAAACAGUACAUUGCAUGAUAAUGAUACAUCAGGUAUCGUUUUUGUGUUUAUAGUUGUAGAAGCCUAUCUCGUUUGAAUUUAAUUCAAUCGGACGUUUUUCGUCGCUUAUUUAAUCAGGUUGAACGUUUAUGGUCGCGCGGUUGUAGUUAUAACCGAUAGGAUUAUUCGUAUCUGGCGAUUAGAACGGGUACGUUGACGAACGUAUAAUUUGUGGAUUGUAUAUUAAUGGUUAACGCAGUGAAAUAUUGGCUGAAUUAGGGGUACAAGCGCCGUCGCAUUGAAUUUCGCAUGCGAAACUGCGGCGCGCAGUGGCGCGUGCAAAAUGCAGUGCCGGAAUUUAGCGAUACAUCGAUGUGACACCGAUUAGCCAAACAGGCAUUCGGAAUUUCUCACUCUGUAUUGAAAUACACGAUAUUUCCUUAAUGAA